GUGUGCUGGCAGGAAGUCUACAAAAAUAGUCCCCCUGUUCAUUCAGUCCCAGUGUUUUGAUGCAUAGAGAAAUACUCGUAUUGGCGAUGCAUUUAAAACAAAAAACACCCCGCUUCGGUGUUCUACUCGUUUUCACCUUUUCAACAAUAGCUUUAUCCUCAGUAGGCUGGUGUGAAACUACAACUAACUCCUUCCAAACACCUCCUCCACCUUCGACUCCUUUGAAUGACAGACCCAGCCAAUUAACGACGAAAGGCCUCAGUCGACCCUUCAGUAGUGAAAUCAGGCGGUGGUUACAUCUUAGAUUGAGGCCUGGAGAAGAAGAAGAGUCGCAAAACCUUCAUCAUUCUGAGAAACUCGAAGACGGAGGCACCCCUGGAAGGGCAACAGGAGGAAGACGAGGGCCUGGACGGAGAAUCAGCCCCAGAAUGGUGUUUUCUACAAGUUUGAAAAACCGUUUUAAACGAAUGGAAACAGAGGGGGGUUGGCUGUUCACCUCACACAGUUCUACACUUGGAAACUGUAGCAGGGGAUACAUUGAACAAGUCGUCCCUGGGAAGUUUUACGUCACUGGUCAGCUUGAACCAAACAUCCCACAUCUUGGAUAUCAGACAGAUUCAAGAAGUUCAGUCCAGGCUCGGGAAAGUCUAUCGAGGAUCAGAGGUCAGCGGCGCAGCGGCUCAGAGGAGAGCUGGCAGAAGCUGCAGCCUGUGGUGGAAUGUAGAGAUGAUGCCAUGACCCUCACUGUGAGGAGGAGACGAGCUGUGCAGUUACUGCUGGACCGAGCGAAUGACUCAUCGUUGCCCCUGUUCCAGCUGCCACCACAGUGUGGUUACUCUGUUGAAACCACAUGGGGAGACCUCAGUCUGAUGGCUCAGUACGAUGCCUGCCACGUUAUUCAAGAGAAUGAGGACUAUGUGUUGCCUCUGCUAUGGAGGGGGACUCCAGUCAAGAUGUCCUGUCCAGUGUCUCAGAUCAAAGCUCCAGCUGGUGAGCCCCCCUCCCUCUGCUGCUCCCCGUAUGGUAUGACUGUAAAAGUACAGACACUGUCUGCUACAGAGGAGCCCAGUAUAAACGUGAGAGGAGAAUGGACCCCUUUGAUGCUGUUGGCUGAACAGUGCGGCUACACUUUGGACAAACAAGAUACAACAAUUACAAUUGCUGUUCCUUUUGUUUCAUGUGGCAUCACAGUAAAGGAUGGAAAAUACACACUUUCCCUACAAAUGGGACCGAGCAUCUUCACAUUGGCCUGUCCUGUCUCAACCUUUGACGAACUGUUGGUUACCCAUCAACAUCAGGCCGAUAGCCCUCCGUAUCUUAUCAGACAGGGAACAAAUCCCGUGGUAGGAUCCCUGGGAUCUGUGCAGUGGAUCCCACCUUUCUACUUGGCUCCUCCCUACUAUCCCCACCCUACAUAUGAACACGGUUAUUCUGAUUCUAAAGGACAUGAUUCACAGAACCCUCCUACUCCACUGACUUUGACUCCUGAGGCUACAUUUAGUUUACAGCCUGUUCCCUCUGUUAGCUCCCAGCCAAGCUAUCAAGACCAAUACUUCCAAAGGAUUCCUCUUGGGAAGCCAUACGAAAGCUCAGAGGAUUCAGUUCUGGCAUAUCCAGAUCAAAAGCAAAAUCAAGAAGUUCCUGUCUCAGAUCUCUCUGAGAAACAAAAUGCUGAUUCAACAAGCUCUCCAGCUGAUGUUAAUGCUCCUCAUUCCCAGCCUCCAAGCCAUGAUUUCAGUCUGUAUUACCACUACUACCACCAUCCCAAAAUUCCUCUCCGUGGCACUCCUCAAAACCCAGACCCAGGUGUUUCUGGAUUAUUGCCCUCAGCUUCUCUGAAUCAUCCGUUUCAGCCCUUUCCUUCAGAUGUGCAACAGUCUGAUAGUUUCAGCAAGACCUCUCCACAUGAAACUACUUCCUAUCCUCAUGCUCUCCCAACAAAUCCUAAAUUUUUGUACAAAGUCUCAGCACUGAAUGCACCUUACCCUCCACAGCCCUAUCCAUACCACUAUUUCUAUUACUUUCCACAGAUUGCUAAAGGUGUGGCUAAGAAGCUGGGUCUCUUACAUCCUGAUUUGGCUGCAUCUACAAACUUAUCCUGUGUUCACUCUCCUCAUUCAUCAGUAUCUUCAAGACAUGACAAAAACAACAUGAAUCCACACACAAAUGACCCAAAUGCAGAUAAAAGUGACAAUAUCAAACCAAAUCUGAGUGACAAUAAGAGCUUUGCUGCAGCAGUGCAGCCUCCAGUCACACAAAGUUACCCCCAAAGACCAGACCCUGCUGCAGUUCCCCCUACUGAGCAACCCUCUCUUCCCACUCCAGGAUUCCUCUAUAACCCUAAUCCUUACCAGUACUACUACAACCCUUACUAUAACCAGUAUCUCAUGUAUCAUGGACCUGAGUCUUUGCUUGGUGCAGACAAACGUGUGUCUGCAACUUCAUCCAAAAAUCCAAAUCCUCUGGCUGGAACAUCUUUCUCUUCAGUUCAGCAUUUAUCCCAUCUCAAACCUCAAACCACUGCUUCACCCACUAAAUCCAUGUCUGAUGUUCCGAAUGAACUGUUAUAUCCUUACUAUUACUACCUCUACUACCAACCUCAAAUGGCCAAAUACAACCAGGAGCCAAAGUUUGUCUAUGGCAGGAUGCAACGGUCUGCUCGUGCUUCUGAGACGGGGUAUCCCAGCAUCCCUCUGUCCCAGUACAAUUCCUUUCAUAGUCUGUAUCCCUACUAUGUUACUCAGCAACAUCCAUAUGGACAACACAGUCCAUAUUUUCAGCAGCAUAGUGGAAAUGAGGCCAAAGAGAAGCUGGAUAAUAAAAUGGGAGUUCACCACAAACCUAAUCCGUACACUCCCGUUGUCCCACCCUGUAGCUUUGGACCCGUGUCAGGCGUUGACUGCAGAAACCAGUUAGGCUGCUGUUCGUACUCUGUGCAGGAUGGCACACAUGGGCCGUAUUUUGUCUUUGCGAUGCCCAACUCUGUGACGGAGCCCACAGUGGUCCCUCCUGCUCUCCACUCUGAGGACAGCAAUGGGUCCUGCACGCUGCAGAAGCUGACAUCAGACCCUGACAUCUACAUUGUGCCUCUGGAUGGCUGUGGAGUAAACAAACAUAUGUUUGGUCCAACAGUGGUUCAUCUUUUGGAGGUCCAAGGUGUCCAGUCACAUAAGGGCACCAGUUCUGCUAAUGGGAACUCUCCAGUAAGGUUGAUGGUGGGAUGUAGCUCAUCCCCACAUACUCCAGGUGAAGUCAGGUUUCAUAUGAUGGAUCAGCCUCCCCAGCCUCCUAUCCACCCAGCACCAGCUGCCAUCACGGUGCUACUGAGACUUGCAACAGAUGAAUCCUUCACCAGGUACUAUCCUGAAGCUCACCUGCCUCUCAGCCUCCUGCAGGGUAAACCGGUUUACGUAGAGCUGAGUCUGCUGGGUCCAUCAGACCCCAACCUGGUGCUGCUGGUUCACUCAUGCCUGGCUUACACUCUAACUCCAUAUGUCAGCUGGAUCCUUUUUUAUGAUGGUUGUCCAAGUCAGGGAUUUUCCCAGCUGCUUCCUUCCCCAAACAUCCACCACAUCCGGAGGAUUAAAAUCACCAGCUUCCCCCGCCUUCCCUUGGAAAGUUUAACCUACGUGGAUCCCGGAGGAUACUCGCUCCUGCAAGACCCAGAGGUCUACUUUUUAUGCUUGUCAGAAAGCUGCUCAGCUGCUGAUGGAGGCUGUAGGGAAGGCUGCAUGAAAGGUCCCAGCACUGGUGUGAGAUCAAUGAAAUAAAGACACUUUUACACAGCUGCA